UUUACAGGGUGUUUUCUAAUACUCUCUACUGACAGCAUCCUUUAUCCUUCAUCACCAUGUAGGUGUUUAAGAGUAAACCCAAGAGGCUUAGAUGAAGAAAGCAAGGAUUAUUUAUCAUUAUAUCUUCUACUGCUUGCUUGUAACAAGAGUGAAGUCAGAGCUAAAUUUAAGUUUUCAAUUCUCAAUGCAAACAGAGAAGAAACAAAGGCUAUGGAGAGCCAAAGAGCUUAUAGGUUUGUCCAAGGUAAAGACUGGGGUUUUAAAAAGUUUAUAAGAAGAGAUUUCCUAAUGGAUGAAGCAAAUGGUUUAUUACCCAAUGAUACACUGACAUUGUUCUGUGAGGUCAGUGUAGAAGGUGAUUCAGUAAAUGUAUCAGGUUCAUCUCAUACUGCAGCACUCAAGGUUCCAGAGUGUAAACUGCCACGACAUAUGGAAUCACUUUUAGACUCUGGAACAUUCAGUGAUGUCACACUGUGUACUAGGGGCCGAGAAUUUAAGGCACACAAAGCUAUAUUGGCUGCACGCUCCCCUGUAUUUGGAGCCAUGUUUGAACAUGAAAUGGAGGAGAGUAGAAAAGGACGUGUGGAGAUAAGUGAUAUAGAUCCGGAUGUGUUUCAUGAAAUGUUAAAGUUUGUUUACACUGGUAGCACUCCACAACUUCAAGGAAUGGCUGAUGAUCUUUUAGCUGCAGCUGACAAGUAUGACCUUGAUAGACUUAAAGUUAUGUGCGAAGAAGCAUUAUGUUCAAAUCUUACAGUAGACAAUGUGUGUGACAUACUUAUAUUAGCGGACAUGCACAGUGCAACACAACUCAAGGCACAAGCUCUUGACUUCAUCAAAAGCCGUGCUACAGAUGUCAUGGAGUCAAAUGGCUGGAAAACACUCAUAAGUGACCACACGCAUCUUAUAGCGGAAGUUUUCAAAGCAGUGCUAGCUUCAACACAGACACCUCUGAUAGCGCCACCAAGAAAAAGGCAAAAGACGACGUAAGCAGUACAGAAAAUAAUAUAUAUUUAGGAUAAAAAUAGUUUAAAAAUUAUUUUGGGAACAAUCAGUUUUCACUUGCUGUGAUAUAUCAAGCACUCCUCGACUCCACAACGUAAGAAUUUCAUGGUAUUUACUUCACAUAUUCACUUCUUUAAAUGUCUUUAUACUUUUAUUUUAUAACGCAUCCUUUGAUAGUUCUGUCACCUCUUGUGGUUUGACACAGCCUGAAAUGUCAGUCAUCUGAUUAGGCCGAGAGCAGGAGAUGACUGGCAUUUCAGGCUAGGUUUGAAUGGUCAGUCUUGUGAGUGAUUCCGUACUACCAUCAAACAUGUUUGCACAUCCCAGAUUUAGUUGUCUGUGAUACUCGUCUCUUGUCAGGAAGCAGUUGUAGAGACUGCAGCAUCAUCAGACAUUUUCAGUUUCAGUCAUUUACUUUCUACGAAAUUGGACUAUGUAGCUGUUUCCCUUUUAAUGCCUUGCUACUGUAGCUUAUGAACGGUAAAACCUUUGGUUAAAAACUUAGUUCUUUUUGGGGAUUCUAGAAAGAUGUUUUCCUUCCAUUCUUACAGUUGUAUGAACAUUCUAUUUUUUUGCCACCACUCUUUCAGUCACACCAGUCUUAAAUCAUUUCACUUCUUGUUCCAUUCAUAUUUUCCUUUCUAUACAUAUGGCUUUUCUGUACUGUGACUCACCUUCACGUGAAAUCCAGACUAGUGCGAGAAAACUGAUUGUUCCUUCCCUCCGUUUAUGAGAGAAACAAUGACACAGAGUUACAUAAGAAAGAGCGCUAAGUGCCUGAGAAUUUAUAUGAGGUAGUUGUACAGUAAUCUUUAAGGCAAACUAAUUAAUGGAACGUUAUUGAAACAGGGUUUGUUAUUGGCCUCACUCUUGUAGUAACAGUGCUCGAGAACUUUGAAACGUAGAUUCCUUGUAGCACCCAUCAACACCAAAGUAACACCGUGACGUAAAACUGAAAUCGCCUUUCAGUUUUUAUGUAGCAGACAAUUUUAAACUGUGGUCAACUUAGAACACGCCUCAACUUUAAUGUUGAGGUUGGUUUUCGCUGGCGCAUAAGCGUAAGUUUAAGCAACAUACUGACAUAAAAGUAUGUUGUUAAAAAGCUAAUUUUGUUAGGGAAUGCCUUAACAAAAGGCAUUACAUCUCAGUCACGGUAUUGAGUUAUUUUGGCUAAAAACAAAAUUACUUUUAAAUUGAAGGAAAACUGAAAAUAAUCGGUUACUAAGAAAGAAAAACACCAAAGAGAUAAUAAUAAACCAUAACGAAACAAGGAUGGUUAAGGAUGGAGAAGAUCAACAGGGAUUGCAAACGACUAUCUUGAAAAAUUUAGGCUAAACUUUUUAAGAUGCGCAAACCGUGACUGCGUAUGUUGGUUAUACUUCUGCUCAUGCGCGAGUGACAACCAGCCUUAGGUACCGGGUGGAUAAAUUUCUUGACAAUGUUGUGACGUUUGCAGAACCUUUGUAAAUGUUGGAGAUGAUAAUUUACCAAUUACAUUGCGACAGCCAUGAUAAGAAUGCAUGAAAAUUGAUACGAGUCUGACCCUGUAUAAUCUUGGGACGUCUAAAAUACAAUUAUAGGUAGAUGACACAGGCGAUAUUCUGGCUCGUCGUGCGUUAAGAGAUAAGAUUGUGUCACAGGCCAAAGAGCGACUGCAUUUGAGGCUGCAGUCGAGACCAUUAUUUUCGACGUGUGGUUCUCUUUUUAAACCAUUUAAUAGCGCAGUUUAAUUUCUGCCUAAUUCCAGCGGAGCUGUGGCUUAAGACAGAAACAAAAGCGAAUGUUUCACUACCCGGGAGGGGGGAGACCCCCAGAUAAAAAGGACGGGGCUACUCGUCGGAACUUUUGAAAAGACCCCCUAAGGAGUACCAAGAUGCCGUUUUGUGGGCGUGGCUUGAAAUGUUUUCACCCCUAAGAGAUACCAAUUCUAAAAACAACGCAUCAUCU